GUCACGCGUCAGACCCACGCAGCGCACCUUCUCUUCUCCGCCGCGUCGCCGCCGAACAUCAGCAUCGGAUCGAUGGAGGGCUGGGACAAGGGGACCAAGAGCACGGUGGGCGAGAUCCCGCUGCUGUCGACGCGCGCGGGUCCGCGGGACGGCGAGGCGUGGCGGCAGAGGCUCAAGGAGGAGUACCGCGCGCUCAUCGCCUACACGUCGGUGAACAAGGCCAAGGACAACGACUGGUUCCGCAUCGCCGCCGCCAACCCGGAGGGAACCCGCUGGGAGGGGACCUGCUGGUACGUCCACAACCUCCGCCGCUAUGAGUUCCCUCUCCAGUUCGACAUGCCCGUCGCCUACCCCCAGGUCGCCCCCGAGAUCGAGCUCCCCACCCUCGACGGCAAGACUCACAAGAUGUACCGCGGUGGGAAGAUCUGCCUCACCGUGCACUUCAAGCCGCUGUGGGCCAAGAACUGCCCGAGGUUCGGCCUGGCGCACGCGCUGUGCCUCGGCCUCGCGCCGUGGCUCGCGGCGGAAGUCCCGAUUCUGGUCGACUCGGGCAUGGUGAAGCACAAGGAUGACGAGGCGGCUCCGGCUGAGGCAUCUGCCUCUGCUGCUCCUCCUUCGUAGUUGCCACUUGCAACAACUGAGUGUCCGGUGAGCUAAGGGCGAUAUCGGAAAUCAACUCGGCGGUGAACCGUGAACCGCCAAAUAAGAGAGAUACCUGCAAAUCUAAACAUCAUGUGAAACAUGUUCCAUACCUGCUGAUUGCUGUCUGCGUACUAAUUUCUAUCCAACUUCUAAAUUGUGUUCGCAGAUUUUUAUGGUACACUUGACUAAUACCAUAAGGUAACAUAAUUGCUUAAUAAAACUAGUGCAGAUUUUCUGA